CAAACAUAGACCACCUAGACACGAAAAAGUGAAGCAACGUGCGGCCAGACAUGUCAGAGACAAAAAGACUCACGUCACGGACACGAUCGUUGGUUCAGUUGGACUUGAAUAAGCCGAGGAGAAAAGGGUACGACUGAUAUCCCUCUACACAGAAACUCAGUCAUGGUUUCAUAUCCCUCCGAUCAGUAGAAAUCUACAAACCCGUGUAAUCUGCACACACGUUCAGCACACAGUUUCAACUGAUUGAACCUCAAGGACAGCUGUAGGGAGUUAUGUUGUUCCCACACCAUUCCUGAGUGGAAGGCAUUGCAACCCGGCCCGAAAUCAGAUCAGAGUUGUCAGAAGCUUCGGGGUCAUGUGAUCGACAAACGGCAAUUAAGGAGGGCCUAUGGACUCAAGAGACAAGUUGAUGGUCGUUUCCUGGCCCACGAUCCCGAUAAACGGACGUUAUUAAUUUUCUGAAAGUUGUUUAGAGAGUUUUUCAAUCCAUGGGGGACGGAAAGCAACUUUCCCACCCAUUCCCCUUGUUCAACUCCACCCAUCGCACGACAACACCGCAAUCUGACCAGCUGGAGAAUUAUUCCAGUACAAGAGGGCGCACUACAUGCUGUCGAAACUCCAAUCAAGCUGCCGCCCGUUCACCGAGUCCGAGGGAGACUUUGUCCAUCCACAGGGCUGUAGUUGAAGAGAUGCUCACUUGAAGCCAAGUCUUGUAACAUCACAAUGUUCAGUUUACUGUAUGGUUUAUGGCAGUACAUAUUUAGACGGGAUGAAUACUUCAUCUUGAUUCUUGGGCUGGAUAAUGCUGGAAAAACAACAUUCCUGCAGACAACUCAGAUGCAAUUCAACAAGGACUACAAAGGCAUGCCUUUGGACAAGAUCACUACAACAGUUGGUCUGAACAUUGGGAAGAUAGACACUGCAAGGAUUCGUUUGAUGUUCUGGGAUCUUGGUGGACAGGAAGAAUUGCAAGCAUUGUGGGAUAAGUACUACGCAGAAUCUCAUGCUGUCAUUUAUGUUGUGGAUUCAUCAGAUAAAGAACGAUUAGCAGCAUCUAGAUUAGCAUUCGAUAAAAUGAUAUCCAGCGAAGCCUUACACGGUGUACCGUUACUUGUCUUAGCCAACAAACAAGAUUUACCUGAUGUUCUACAUGUGUCUGACAUUAAAGCAGAAUUUAACAAAAGUGCAUCCAGUAUUGGAAGAAGAGAUUGCCACAUACAACCAGUGUCUGCGCUCACUGGGGAAGGGGUGAAUGAAGGCAUUGACUGGCUAGUUGAAUGUGUCAAACGGAAUACAUACCAAAGACCACCACAUGCUCAAGAGAUCAGCUGAUGAGGUCAAAUGUCCAGUCAACUUGAUGUUGGCAGUGUUACAUUGUUGUUUUGUGACUGGUAACUGUUUAUGGUUGUAAAUACAGCGUACCAUCAUUCUCGAUCAGACUGUCAUUGGCAGCUCUUUCUGAUGUUGAACUCAACCUCAAACAGACCAUGAAAACUUGAAGUUGAGGUUGGACUUUCCACAAAUAAAGGAUAUCCCAUGGAUGAUGUGACAUGCUUUUUCAUUCCUGGUAGUUAGAGGUUAAGGACGUUCAAAGCGCUCACACAUAGAUCCUAUAUUCCUUGGAAAUAUAAAUCCAAUAAUGAAUGACAUGUUAACAUAGGAUAAAUGAACCAUGUGAUACACUUUGGUGUGGCAGUUAAAGUCCUUGGUAGAAUGCUGACACUGAGUUAGAUCUUCAUACAUGUAUUAUUUUAUACCAAUGUGUCUGUGUUUUAAUUGGGCUUUGUAAGUGUAAUUCAUCAUGUAAUGUACUUGUUUUUCCAAUGGGGGAAGAAUUUAUUGCAGUAUUUUUAUAUCUAGAUUAUUAAUUACAUGUAUGUAUUGUGCUAGCUGCAAAGAAAACAUUGCAAAUGCAUUUAUUAAAGGUUUUUGGAACGGGACAAGGUUCUUGUCUCAAUUCA